AUGCGAGUGAUGUCGAUCUUGGCACUGAUAUUCAAUGUGUGUGCUUUUGCUGUCAUUGCAGGUGUCAUUAUUCACUCGUUUUCAGUCAUUAACAAUCCUCGAGCAGAUAUUCUUUCAUUACGUGGAGAUGCCUUGUAUAAUUGUUUGUUAAUGGAAGAAGCCACUCGACAUGCCAGUUAUGCCAAUAAUUUGACAGCUGCCAAAUUGUGGUAUCAAUAUCGAGAUGCCAUGGUCGAUGCCCUCUCAGGAAUCUUUGACGUGUUGCAACAAAGUGGUUCGACCAUUAAUAUUUCAACAUUGGUCGAUCCUGUCAAGAAAGAUCCAAUGGUCAUUCCCAUCAUCAAGUCGAACAACAGAUUAUUUCACUUGUCGAGAAUGGACGUCCACUCGAAGCUAAAAAACUCUUCGUUUCCAAUGCAUGGACGUUUCAAGGAUCAAAUUAUUAACAGUACGAGUAUCACGACCGUGUCAGUGGUUGGAACCAAUCUCACUCUCAUCAUUCCUGUCAUGUUUGUCAUCUUUUUAUUGACCAUUAAACGUGACAAGGAUGCUUCCAAGAAAUUAAGGCAAGCCGAGUUGUUGCUGUUGAAGGACACGAUUGCGAAUGGAGGUUUGAGAACUCUCUUUCGAAAUUUCAUUGUUGAAAAGGCUGAAGGUUCUCGAAAUUUGCGACUCUUGAAUCAAUACAUGUUUUUAGAAAAGGUUCAAUAUUAUAAGGAUUUGAAUUUGAAAUUGUUUGAAAUUCAAAUCAAGAUGGAACGACAAGAAUUUGAAAACAAGAGACAAGUGAAAUCGCCACAAUUCUCUUUCAACCUAUGA